UGAGGGGUCCUCCUUAUCCCAGAGGCCACUUCUGAAGCUGGGGCCCCCAGAGGUGGAGGUAGCAGCCAGGAUGUCCACUCAGAGCAUCUACUACCUAAAGCCCGUGACUCUGCACCUGCCCCCUGGGAUCCCCGAGUCCCCGAGUCGCCAGCGGCGCCACACACUCCCUGCCAGUGAGUUUCGCUGCCUCACCCCAGAGGAUGCUGCCGGGGUGUUUGAGAUUGAGCGUGAAGCCUUCAUCUCUGUCUCGGGCAUCUGCCCCCUGAAUCUGGACGAGGUCCGGCACUUCCUGACCCUCUGUCCUGAGCUGUCCCUGGGCUGGUUCGUGGAGGGCCGCCUUGUGGCCUUCAUCAUUGGCUCCCUGUGGGACAAGGAGAGACUCACUCAGGAGUCGCUGACGCUGCACAGGCCCGGGGGCCGCACAGCGCACCUGCACGUGCUGGCCGUGCACCGCACCUUCCGGCAGCAGGGCAAGGGCUCCAUCCUGCUCUGGCGCUACCUGCACCACCUGGGCGGCCAGCCAGCUGUGCGCCGGGCCGUGCUCAUGUGCGAGGACCCACUGGUGCCCUUCUACGAGAGGUUCGGUUUCCACCCCGUGGGCCCGUGCGAUGUCACCGUGGGCUCACUGGCCUUCACGGAGCUCCAGUGUUCCCUGUGGGGCCACACCUCCCUGCGCAGGAACAGUGACUGCUGA